UUAGACAAUAUAGUGUAAUACUAAUAUGUAAAACAAGUGUAAAAUAAUUAGUAUAACAAGUGUAAAAUAAUUAGUAUAUUUUUUUCUUGUCAAAGGAAAUUAUCUAAUUAAUCAUUUCAUCUAUUGUUAUACAUUAUUGAAAGAAAUUUCUUAUUAUUCAGAGUAUUCUGAACAGUGUAGAAGGCAAUAAAUAUGCUGAAGUUUCCGAAAUUAUUCGUGAAUCACGUAAAAGCGUUAGCAAUGCCUACUUUGCCGAGCAAAGCAGAUUAUUUAUUACAACAAACACGGAAUACUUUUAUUCUUAAAAGAAGAUAUCCAGCUCCUUUUCAUAAAAAAAAAGGCAGACCAAAUGCCUUGAAACCUAAACAUUUUAUUUAUGAUCUUGUAGAAGAUACGAAUGUAAGAAGGAAGGAGUUUCUUGAUUUGAUUCUCACGCAAUAUGUCGCAGGACUUGGUAAUGCAGGCACUAGGAUAUCAAUGCAUCCUAAUAAGGCAUAUCCAACACUUUUAUUGCCAAAAUUAGCAGAUUACGCUACUCCUGAAAAUAUUGAAAAAUAUGCAAAAUUAGCAAUGGAUCAACAGGACAAGACACCAUUUAGUUCUGCUUCUGUGGAAAGAACAAUGAAAUAUCUGUCAAACAAACAAAUAACGAUUACAAUGUCAAAGGAUAUACCAUGGACAUUGGAAAAAUGGCAUAUAAAAGCAAGUUUCCGCCAAGUCAAUAUUUAUGUGCCUGAAGAAACUAUAACAAUGCCUGAAAGACCAAUAUCUGGACCAAAUCUGGAUAUAGAUAAAAAGCAAUUUUAUAUAACUCUCACGAUUAAUAAUCGCGAGCAAGUGAAGGUGAGAUGUAUUUUGUAUCAUUUAUCAACUGAUAUAGCUGGACAAACAUAUGAUGAAGAUUUUUCGGAAUUACCAGUCGAGCCAAUAUUUCCCGAAGACAAACCAAUUUUAGAUUCUCUUUGCCAGUUUAAAAAAACAGAAAAUAAAACAGAAGACAAAACAAAGUAAUAUUUGUUGUAUAUUGUAAUA